AUAUUCACACGUGGUGGUUUGUUGUCUGCGUGUUACAAAAAUGUAACAAUGCCCGUCUCGCAAAAGUUGGUGUGUCCCUUGCCCUAUGAUGUCGUUGCCAUGUUGGGUCAUGCAACUUUCUCCAGAUUCGUUGUCGAGGAACGUGUUGUAUCUCUACUUGUGAGGUGGUUUCAGUGUGUCCGUCGUCAACUCGAUUUUCUUAAAAACCUGAAAAACUGCAAGACGUUCAUGGUCCGGUCUUGGUUCAACCGGUCACGUGGGAAUAAACUUGAUGAAUACAUCCUGAAAAUGCCUUUGGGGAUAGUGACAGUAUAUGGAUGUGAUUGGAAGGAGGAGCAGAUAUCAAAUGUUUGAGGACCUACCUGGAUCUGUUUGGGCCUACAACUACGUCCAUUCACUGAGCGGAUUUGGGAUUACCCAUCGAGGACUCGAAAAGAUAGGAGAGAACAAGGCCAGUUUCUUCGGUAAAAUUAUCCAG